AUUUAAAAUACCAGAGGCGAAAUAGUGAAAUUCAGUUUUAUUAAUUGGGUUUUGUUUAGUCAAAAUAGCCUCAACCCACAAAGACACCCCACCGAAUACUUUUUCAUCAGUUUGCUUAAACUCCAAAACAAUUCCCUUCUCUCAAAAAUCACACUCUCUAAACACACGCGCCUAUCCAACAUUCACAUCAUUUAAGUAGUAACAUAAAGAAAGCAAGCUCCACACACUACUAUUUUCCUGUUCCCACACCAAAACAAAACACUUUCUUCUUUCUUUUUUUUCUCUUCCCCACCAUGACUGACAGGGUUUACCCUUCAUCCAAACAACCCACAAAUGGCACCGCCCCCACCACCACCUCCGCCGCCGCUGCCGCCAACCCUUCGUUUCCCGCCACUAAAUCUCAACUCUAUGGAGCCUCUCGCCCUCUAUACCGUCCACAAACCAAGCGCCACCGUUACCGCCGCUCAUGCUGUUGUUCUUGCUGCCUUUGGACCACAAUACUUAUCCUUGUUCUUAUCCUCCUAGUCGCCAUAGCUGGUGCUAUCUUAUACGUCCUUUACCGUCCCCACCGCCCUACUUUCACGAUCUCCUCCCUCAAGGUCUCGACCCUUAAUGUAACCUCAGCUUCCAAGGUCAUCACCAACAUCCACCUUAACGUCACCGCCAAAAACCCGAACAAAAAGCUCGUCUACAUUUACGACCCAAUCACCAUAUCUCUUAUCACAAACGACGAGAUCGAUAUAGGGGAGGGUUCCUUGGGCUCCUUCGUGCAUGGCAAUAAAAACACGACUCUUUUGAAAGCUGCCAUAACAAGUAGCAACAGGCAAGAACUUGAUGAGGCUUCAGCUGGCAAGUUAAGGAGCGGUUUGAAGAGCAAGAAGGGUCUGCCAUUAAAGAUAAAGCUGGACACUAAAGUGAAAGCAAAGAUGGGAGCACUGAAGACCCCCAAGGUUGGGAUUAGGGUAGUUUGUGAAGGGAUUAAAGCUACUGCUCCCAAGGGGAAAUCAGCAACAAUAGCUUCAACUUCUAAUGCAAAGUGUAAGGUUGAUUUGAGGCUCAAGAUCUGGAAAUGGACUUUAUGAUUAUGAGAGCUCAGGAUUAGAAAGGAUGAAGAAGAAAAAGGUUUGGUGUUGUUUUUGCUUUAAGAAAUUUGGGUGAUUAUUAUAUCUUGUGUAAAUUUGGUGACUGAUUGUAAUGAUAGAGUAUAGAAAACAGUGAUGUAUAAUUUUUCCUGAUUAUCUUUUUGGCUCUUAUGUUUUGUUUUCAGUCCUUGUUCAUUGGGGCAAAUUUAUAGUCUUCUCCUUAAUAUAACUUGGUUCAUUGUAUUCAA